GUUGUGUACGGUGGGUGAGGAGGGUUUGGGGGGUGGGAAAGAAAAAUGCUGCCUUCGCAAGAAGCCUCCAAAAUCUACCAUGACAACUAUAUGCGCAACUCCAGGGCCAUCGGGGUCCUGUGGGCCAUAUUCACCAUCUGCUUGGCCAUCAUUAACGUGGUGGUGUUCUUCCAGCCUUAUUGGAUUGGCGACAGCGUCAACACACCUCAAGCCUGCUACUUCGGUUUGUUCCACUACUGCGUGGGUAACGGGAACUCCAACCGGGAAUUCUCGUGCCAGGGCAGCUUCUCCGAAUUCGGCUCCAUCCCAUCAGGAGCCUUUAAGGCGGCCUCAUUCUUCGUGCUGAUGUCCAUGGUGCUCAUCAUCACCUGCAUCGGCUGCUUCGCCCUCUUCUUCUUCUGCAACACUGCCACGGUCUACAAGAUCUGCGCCUGGAUGCAGCUGCUAUGCGCCAUCUGUCUCGUGCUUGGCUGUAUGAUCUUCCCGGAUGGCUGGGACGCAGAGGUGAUCCAGGACAUGUGUGGUGAGGACACUGGAAAGUAUACCUUGGGCAACUGCUCUGUUCGUUGGGCCUACAUUCUGGCUAUCAUCGGCGUGCUGGAUGCCCUCAUCCUCUCCUUUCUGGCCUUCGUGCUGGGCAAUCGGCAGAGGGACUUCCUGCAGGAGGAGCUGAAGGCUGAAAACAAAGACUUCGUUGUGUCAAGGCUCCAUCUUGGCCCCCGUCUGCGAAUGGAUGGUAUUGAAAUACAAGAAAUUAAGGAUCCAAGAUUUUGUGUUCAGCGGUUCCAUUGAGAACCAAAGAUCUCUUCCUCCUCUUCCAGCUUUGUGCCUCGUUCCCCGAUACUUCACCUCCUCCAUCUCCUGUCCUAAGCUCUUCAGGUGAAACCCUUUUGGUUUGGGUUUUGGAGGUCAAAGGUUGUUAAACAGGACUGACACGGACGAAUCUAACAAAGUCAAACUGUUUGAGAAGAAACAAAACCUGAGAGAAAGUGGGAUGAUCAGCUUUACCAAACUCUGGGAUAAAAUCAUUCGCAAACACACGCUCGUAUUGUUCCGUGGAGUUAUUACAUCAAAGCUCACAGAGUUAACAAAUGUGAUUAUUGAAUGAAGAAAAAACCACUUUACAGCUUU